UCUUAUCUGGUUCUCUCUCUCUCUCUCUCUCUCUAGGGUUUCUAUUUUCGUGCCCUUUUCGAUCCUCUCUCGAUUUCUAGGGUUUCUGAUCCCAGAUCGGCCCAUGGUUUCCCCUAAUUUCUAAGAUCUAUAGGUUUUAAUCGCUUUUUUCAUUGAUUACGCGAUGAUUUCAGUCAUGAACGAUUUCGAUAUCGAUCGAAACCCUAGCUCGGCUUCAGAUCUCUCGUCAUUCGGCAUGGAAUCCCCAAAAGAAGAGAACAAACCGGAUCGGAUCGAUCUAGAGAUCCCUCCCGCUCUCGAUCCGCCGCUGGAAUCGCGAGAUCUGGAGGAAUCUAGGGUUAGGGUUUCGCCGACUAGGGUUAGGGUUGCGGAAGAGGAUCGCCUCGAUAUGAGCGGAUUCUUGAUCGGAGACAUGGUAUGGGGAAAGGUGAAGUCUCAUCCGUGGUGGCCUGGCCACAUCUUCAACGAGGCUUUCGCUUCGCCGGCGGUCCGAAGAUCGAAGAAAGCUGGUCACGCUUUGGUUGCUUUCUUUGGCGAUAGCAGCUACGGUUGGUUCGAUCCGGCCGAGAUGAUUCCGUACGAAUCGAACUUUGGUGAGAAAUCGAAGCAGACGACUCAGAAGAGCUUUGUGAAGGCUGUGGAGGAGUCGAUCGAUGAGACGGGCAGACGAGCGGCGCUCGGGCUUUCUUGCAGGUGUAGGAACCCUUUCAAUUUCAGGCCCAUGAAGGUCCCUAACUAUUUCGAGGUCGACGUUGCUGGUUAUGAGCGGAAUGGGAUCUACUCGAAGAGGCAGAUUAAUAGGGAAAGGAAUUCUUUUCGGCCGAAGGAUGCUCUUGGUUUUUUGCAGCAGCUGGCUUUGACCCCGAGAGAUAAGAAAGUGUACGAUGUGGAAUGGUAUCGGAGGCUGGCAGUGUGGCUCGCAGUGAGGAGGUAUAGCGAGACUUAUGCGCAGGCUUUUGGGCAGCAGCCGGUGAGGCCUGUGAGAGAGGAGAACGGGGCAGCACUGCAGGCUGAGAGUUUCGCUCCUAGAGGCGUUCCCCUCAGCGGUCUGGAAGUAUUCGCCGACUCCCUCGACGACGGCGACAAGAAAAGGAAGAGGAAAUCAGCGGCCGUCGUCGCCCCCUCCAAGCACCCGGGCUCGGCCGAGAGGGACAGGGACAAACCCUUGAAGAGGAAGAAGAAGAAGAAGAAGAGGAGGGAGGAGGGGGAUAACUUCGUCCUCAAGCGCAGGGACGACUACCGGCACUGA